AUGGAAAGAAUGAGGAAGGAUGCACCUCUAAAACUGUGUUAUCUUCCAUUGUACAAAACAGAGCAGAACAAACUAAAAAUUAUGUUUAAUAAUGCAAGAUCUCUUCACAAACAUUUCGAUGAAAUUAAAAAUGAACCCAAUGUUGUAGCAUCAGAUGUUAUUGGUUUUUCAGAAACAAGAUUAACCAUCAAUGAUGAACAGAAUUUUAUGAUGGAAGGUCAGAAAGAAUUUCUGAAGUUUAUGAAGUUUAAUUUAAAAUUCACACAAUUGGUAAAAAAGACUGCCGCGAGGGCAUACGAUAAGGAAUGGGACAAAUGCCGGAGACAGUACUUAGAACUUAAAGCAGAGGUCCAGCAUUUACAGGAUCUCAUUUCACAUCUUCAGCAUGCUGUGUCAAAGUGUUCCAAACACUACAUCAAAGGUCCGCAAGGUGAACCCGGACCUCCUGGGCCAGUGGGGCCUAAAGGCAAGCCCGGGAUGAAGGGAGAGAAAGGCGACCCAGGAAUGAGAGGACCAGUGGGACCUAAAGGCCACCCAGGACCUCCAGGUCCAAAGGGCGAUAAAGGACCUCCAGGGCAUCCCGGAAUACCGGGCCUGCCGGGUCGUAAGGGUAACAGAGGAAUUCCCGGAUUGAAAGGAGACAUGGGUCCACCCGGUCCUCGAGGGGAGAAAGGAGAGAAAGGGGGAAAGGGAGAAAAGGGUGAACGAGGAGAACAGGGAAUUCAGGGUGAACGAGGGGAGAAAGGGGAUCCAGGUCCACAGGGCGAGAAGGGCGAUCAGGGACCCCAGGGCAUUCCCGGUGAACGAGGACCUAAGGGAGACAGAGGGCCAAAAGGAGACACGGGCCCUCCUGGUAUACAAGGCGAAAAGGGUGACCCUGGAGAUCCAGGUGAACAAGGACCUAAGGGGGACAGAGGUGAGAAAGGAGACAGGGGCCCUCGAGGUCCAAAAGGUGACCCAGGCGAAAGAGGACCCACUGGCCCCCGGGGGCACCCUGGACUUAAAGGGGAUAAAGGAGAGAAGGGAGACAGGGGAGAAAAGGGAGAUAAAGGAGAUAUUGGCCCUCAAGGUAUACAGGGCCCAAUGGGUCCCAAGGGAAAUAAAGGCCCUAAAGGGGACAAGGGAGACCCCGGGGAGCCGGGAGAGAAAGGAGAUAAAGGUGCUAAAGGCGACAUGGGGGAGAAAGGUGAAAAGGGAGACCCAGGGCCCCAGGGAGAAGUCGGACCCAAGGGGGACCAAGGUCCUAAAGGAGAUACAGGACCGAGAGGUCACCCCGGACCCAAAGGACCACCGGGUCCCAGAGGACAUAGAGGGCCAAAGGGGGAUAAAGGAGAUAAAGGUGAAAAAGCAGAUAUGUAUCCUUACUGA